UAUCUGACAACUCAUACUUGUUUAUGGUUUAGUGGCUUGCCCUCACGAGAUCCCUUACUGUAUGAGUUGCUAAGAGAAAAUAUGGUGGAAGAUACUCGAUAUAUGUGUUGGUUUAGUUAACACUGACUUAUGGCGGGAAACACUAGAUUUGAUUUAAGCUCAGCUAACCCAGAGGAAUUGGCUUUCAAGGGGAGCUUUACAAAUGGGCAGAGAGGGAAUUUGAUAAACGACGCUUUGGAGAGUUCUGCAGGCUUUUGUGAGGGUAGUGAGGGGCAGGUGUUUACUUCUGGUGCUAAUAUGUCACGGGGGAACUCUGCAUUGGCAGGGGAUUUGGAUUCAGUUUCUCAGUGUUUAAUGUUAGAUCCAAUAACUGUGGGAGAUCAAAAAUAUACUAGGUCAGGUGAGUUAAGACGAGUACUGGGGAUAUCUUUUGGAAAUUCUGUUGAAGAUUGUGCUUUUGGAACUGCUAAUCUGAAGUCUCUCCCUCCAGUGGCUACGGAGGAAUUGAAACGAUUCAAAGCAAGUAUACAAGAGGCUUCUGUCAGGGCUAGAUAUAGAUCAAAAAAGUUGGAUGAAUCUUUACACAAAUUGAACAAGUGUUGGGAGGCUGUGACCUCAAAGAAGCAACUUCGGAACGAGUUGUUGCCAAAUGAAAGGCUGGGUGGACCACACUUCUCGAAGAUGGGAACUCAGACUCAUCGUAGCCCAUCAGACAUUGUGAAUCAAAGACUAGAGGACAGACCUAAGAACUACAUUCUGAAUAAGCGCAUACGUACAUCAGUUGCUGAGACAAGGGCUGAAGGACUAAGUAAUAGCCUUGUGAGGCAGCCUUUGGCCAAUGGAAAGGAUAGAGACAACAUCAAGGAUGGUAGUAAAGGUUGUGAUAUUGUUGAGGAGAAGAUUCGAAGAUUACCCGCAGGUGGAGAGACAUGGGAUAGAAAAAUGAAAAGAAAACGUUCCAUGGGCACAGUUUUUGCCAGAUCCAUUGAUGGUGAAGGAGAGCUGAAAAAAGUUAUGCAUCUAAAGCUAGCUAAUGAGCCAGGUCUGCAUUCUUCUGAUGCCCAAGGUUUGAGAUCAGGAAAUUCUGGUAGUAAUAGCAAGCUUGAUGUUGCUCCCCUACCUGCUACUUCCAAUGCAUGUGCAACUGCCAAGAUUGAGCAAGAAAAGGUGUCAAGGGAUUCUAUGGAUGGAUCAAAUAAGGAACGGGUUUUACUUAAAGGAAACAAGUUUAAUGUUCGUGACAAUAAUUAUACAGGCGGUGUUCAUACUUUGACGAAAGGAAAAACUUCAAGGGCACCUCGAACAGGUGCUUUGAUAGCUGGGUACUUAUCUUCUGUUUCUCGUUCUUCUGAAAUACUUGAACCUGAGGAACAACCUUCAAAUGUGAACAAGUCUCAUUCAGUAAGUGGGGCUAUCAAUCGUAAGCGUUCCUUUCCUGUAGGAUCAUCUGCAUCCCAUAUGGCCCAAUGGGUUGGACAGAGACCCCAAAAAAUUUCUCGCACUCGCAGAGCAAAUGUGGUUUCCCCUGUCUUGAGUUGCGAUGAAGUGCAUAUGUCAUUAGAAGGAUGUUCCCCUUCUGAAGUUGGUACCAGAUUGACUUCUACUAUAACCAGUGGAUCACUUAUUUCCAAUGGUGCUAUCAACAGUGGUAUUCAACCAGGUAAAAUGAAACGUGAAAAUGUUUCAUCCCCAACCAGAUUAUCUGAAAGUGAAGAAUCUGGUGCAGGAGAAAAUGGUGACAGUAAAUUAAAGGAGAAAGGAUUGGAAAGUAAUGAAGCUGAUGAAAGAACCAUUAAUAAUUCUUAUUCUUAUAAUAUAAGUUCCUCCAUAUUAGCAACAAAAAAGAAAAAAAUACCCAACAAGGAAGAGACUGGUGAUGGUCUGCGUAGACAGGGAAGGGGUAGUAGGGCCACUUCAGGUUUGAAGAAUGGCAUCUCACCAGUGAAAGAGAAGACCUUAAUAAAGCCAGUUAAAAAUAUGAAGCCUGCUUCUGAAAAGAAUGGAAGUAAAUCAGGGCGUCCUCCUUUGAAGAAAUCAUGUGAUAGGAAAGCUGUUGCUCGUCUUGGGCAUCCAUCUACUAACAAUUCUGCAGAUAUUGCAGGGGAGCCAGAUGAUGACCAUGAGGAACUGUUAGCUGCUGCUAACUUUGCUAGCAAUGCCAGCUAUAUUGGUUCUUCUAGUUCAUUUUGGAAGAAACUGGAACCUAUUUUUGCUCCUGUCAGCUUGGAAGACAUAUCCUGCUUGAAGCAGCUGGUUAAAACAACAGAUGUUGAUCUAAGAUGUUUGUCUCAAAUGGGUGGCCUUGGAAGUGAUGCCCUGGAUGAACUUACACAUACUGACAGCCCUGUGUCACAAAGUCCUCUCUCUAGAGAAAGAGGGAGAAGCUUUGUAAAUCAAACUGAUUUAAAAGAGAUAUCCUCAGUGGUUGACAUGGUUGAUCAACAUCUGGAUGUUAGUAUUUUGUACAGACAAAUGGAUUCAGAGGGAAAAAGAGUUGCACCAUUGUACCAAAGAGUAUUGACAGCUCUGAUCAUUGAUGAUCAAACUGAUGAAGAAACUGUUGGAGAUGGAAAUAUGUCUUUUCUGUGCGAAAGAGAUGAUUCUCCUCAGGUGGUUUGCUUCUCUCAGGAUGUUGAAAAUCAAUCCAGCAUCAGUACUAACAACCAAAUCAACUCUGACAAGGUUUCUUGUAAUGGGAAUGCUACCUUUACUACUUGCACAGACUUCCAUGAUCAAGAACCUGGUGUGUUUUUGCAAGUGGAUCAGGGACCAUUGCAUCCAGAAUCUAAAAGGUUCUCUGUGUUAUCUGAAAAUGGUAAUGAUGAGUUAAUGGGUAUGCAUAAAAUUUCUUGUUCAUCAUCUUUCAGUCGCCCUUUUGAACAAAUGAGUAUGGAUGAUAGACUCUUACUGGAGCUACAGAGUGUUGGCCUAUAUCCAGAACCAGUGCCUGAUCUUGCUGAUGGAGAUUGUGAAGCUAUUAAUCAAGAUAUUAUUCAAUUAGAGAAGGGACUCUUCCAACAGGUCACUAAAAAGAGAGAACAUUUUAUGAGACUUAUUCAAGCAGUAGAAGAAGGCAGGGAAGUGGAACAACGAGCCCUUGAGCAAGUUGCUAUAGACAAACUUGUUGAGAUAGCUUAUAAGAAGAAGCUGGCCACCCGUGGAAGUAGUGCUGCAAGGCAUGGACUUUCCAAGAUCUCAAGGCCAGUUGCGUUAGCUUUUAUGAAGAGAACUCUUGCUAGAUGCAGGAAAUUUGAGGAAACAGGAAAAAGUUGCUUUUUGGAGCCUGUCUUUAAAGAUGUUCUUUUCGCUGCUCCUACACAUGACAACUGUGCUGGUUCAGUUGUUGCUGCAAAUCUAUCACUUCCUCAAAAUUCUCGGCAAGAAUCUGCACCAUCAGGUUAUUUUCCCUGCAGGGAGCAGGAUGUGUCGGGAAAUCUAGACCAUCCCUCCGACCAGGAUUUUGCUAGGACUGGACUGAUACUAAACAGAGGGAAGAAAAAGGAAUUGCUGCUUGAUGAUGUUGGUGCUAGUCCUUCUUGGAGAUCUGCAUCAACUCUUGGUAAUCCUUUAAUAGGUGGAGCAAAGGGAAAGAGGAGUGAAAGAGAGAGAGACAAAGACACUUGUGGAAGAAAUUGUGUCACAAAAGGAAGUCGUUCUUCUGCAAUUUAUUCGAGGGGUGAGCGUAGAACAAAAGCAAAGUCCAAACCGAAGACAGCUCAGCUAUCUAGCUCUGGAAAUGGCUCUCUUAGCAAAUUAAUGGAGGAUACUAACUCUGAGCAUCAAUUGGCUUAUGGCUCUAAUGAAUUUAUUUCCAGUGAUAGCAACAAAAAAAGUAAAAUUGGGUCUGCACCUCAUGACCAUAAUAAUAAUCAUUUGUCCAUUGUAACUGAGGUACCUAUGGACUUCACAAACUUGCAUGUAUUAGACUCUAUAGAACUAGGUGUAGCUAAUGAACUUAAUGGACAUCAAGAUCUGGACACUUGGUUGAACAUUGAAGACGAUGGCUUGCAAGAUACUGAUGCAGUGGGCUUAGACAUACCAAUGGAUGAUCUGUCUGAGUUGAAUAUGAUUUUAUGAAGAAUGCAGGAUAGGAUAUAUUUCCAUUCCCAUGCAGUUUUUUGGUGUUAAUGAUCAGCGCUGUGUCUGUGGAAAGUUGCUUAUACAAUUCAUGACUCUGAUGAUUGGAACUUGUAAUUAUGCCCAUUCUUUUUGUAUACUAUCUACAAUACCAAAGAUAGAAACCCAAAGAAAAAGAAAAACUUAGUCCUCAAUUGUUCAUAUGAUCUAGAGUUCCUUAGGUUGUAACUAGUUCAUUCCUCAACAAAAUUUUGAUCAUCCUGCUGUGUAUCCUCUCUUAUGGAAUUCUAAAUUAUCCCAUUCAAAUUACAAUGUCAGAACCUGACUGCCUAAUGAUAUUCUGCUUUCUAUUUGC